CGAGUCGGCUUUGAAAUAGGACGUUAGCUAGAGCGGCCGGGAGGAGAGAGAUGUCCUUGAAGGCGUCGAGUUCGUCCAAGUAUCCGAUGCUACCAGUGUCGGAUCCUCCACGUGACGAGGAGAGAGACAAACUUCUCAAAGGGAAUGAGAUGCUCUUCCAAGGUUCUGCCAUGACCAAACGAGGAGCCCACGCUGCGAUCUCUUACAUGUCCUGCGCAGUGCUCUUGAUAUUGUUCAACAAAGCAGCUCUUUCAUCCUAUAGCUUCCCGUGCGCAAAUGUUAUCACACUCUUUCAGAUGAUAUGUUCAUGUUGUUUUCUCUAUGCAAUGAGACGCUUGAAGAUAAUUUCUUUCGCAGUAGGUGAAUCUUUGAACGUGUCUGGUAAUGCCACAACAUUUGUACCACUAACGACAUUAAGGCGUACCCUUCCUCUUGCAGGAGCAUAUUUGCUUUACAUGCUAGCCACUAUGGAGUCUGUCCGUGGAGUAAAUGUUCCCAUGUACACCACCCUCAGGCGGACUACUGUGGUAUUUACAAUGGUUGUGGAGUAUAUUCUGGCAGGGCAGAAGUACACACCUUCUAUUGUUGGAAGUGUUGGAUUGAUUGUUCUUGGUGCAUUUAUUGCUGGAGCUCGGGACUUCUCCUUUGAUGGCUAUGGCUAUGCUGUUGUUUUCUUAUCGAACAUCACCACAGCAAUAUAUCUCGCUGCCAUAGCCCGCAUUGGGAAAUCCAGUGGUCUGAAUAGCUUUGGUCUUAUGUGGUGCAAUGGAGUAAUAUGUGGACCAGUUCUGCUGUUUUGGACAUUUAUUCGUGGUGACUUGGAGAUUACAAUUAAUUUCCCUUACCUGCUCUCACCUGGCUUUUUGGCUGUGUUGCUUUGUUCGUGUAUACUGGCUUUCUUCUUGAACUAUAGCAUAUUUCUGAACACGACUCUCAAUUCAGCACUGACACAGACGAUUUGUGGGAAUCUGAAGGAUCUUUUUACCAUUGGGUUUGGCUGGAUGGUUUUUGGCGGGCUUCCAUUUGAUGUUUUUAAUGUUAUUGGGCAACUUCUCGGUUUUCUCGGCUCUGGUUUGUAUGCCUACUAUAAGCUCAUGGGGAAGUAACUUAUCAAGCUGUUUCAUGGCCAAUCUUUUCAUUAGAGAUAAUGAGUUGCUGCUCCAUUGUUUUCUCCUCUAAUUCUUGUUUGAUUGGAAGGUGAGAUUUACAGGUAUGAAGACUGGAGAUUUUGGCUGAUCCAAUUUUUUUUUAAGGGAAUCAACGCCCUUCUUAUUCUGAUUUAGUUUUUCCAUAGAUGGUUAGGUGUUAGUAGCUAAAACAGAAUUUGUGUGUAGUUGCAACCCCAUGCUGAUAUGAUGCGUCCAAAUGACUACAUACCAUUUCUUCCUUUAUCCCCCCCCUUCUUUAUUCAGUUGUUUUACUGCUUCUAACAUCAAAUAGGCAGAAAAUCUGGGAGAAACAGGUGGUUAGAA